UUUUAAGGAGAUCCCGACGACAACUUGAUCGAAGGGGGCGGGACGAAGUUUGUCUGCAAGCCUGGAGCUCGGAAUAUCACAGUCAUCUUCCACCCCCUUCUGAGGUUUAUUCAAGAGAUCGAACACGCCUUGGGGUUCAGUCCCGCUAAGCAAUGCCCCCUCCGAGAAUUCCUCACCAUGUACAUUAAGAACAUCUUUCUCAACCAAGUCCUGGGAGAAAUUAACAAGGAAAUCGAGGGCGUCACCAAAAUUACCGACCCCCUGAAGAUCCUGGCCAACGCAGACACCAUGAAAAUGCUCGGUGUGCAACGGCCUCUCUUGCAGAGCACAGUCAUUGUGGAAAAAACGGUCCAGGACCUCAUGAAUUUGAUGCAUGACUUAAGCGCCUACUCAGACCAGUUCCUGAACAUGGUAUGCGUCAAACUCCAGGAAUACAAGGACACCUGCAAUGCGGCUUACAGGAGCAUCGUCCAAUCCGAUGACAAGAUGGUGAUCAGCGCGUCUUGGGCCAAAGACGACGACAUCACCAGACUCUUGAAGUCUCUCCCCAACUGGAGCAACAUGGCCCAGCCCAAGCAGUUGAGACCUAAAAGAGAGGAAGAAGAAGACUUCAUCAGGUGGGUCCUUCCUUACAUCCACGGAUCUUCUCCCGCCCAAGACGUUCAUAGCAAAGCUGAUCUCCCACCAGUGUCAGAACAGAUCCUGCAGACCCUCACAGAUUUGGCUCGGUCUUUCCAAGAGAUGGCAGACUCCUGCUUGCUGGUUUUACACCUGGAAGUCAGGGUCCAUUGCUUCCACUAUCUGAUCCCUUUGGCCAAACAGGGCAACUAUGCCAUUGUGGCCAAUGUGGAGAGCAUGGAUUACGACCCGCUGGUGGUGCGGCUGAACAAGGACAUCAGCGCUGUGGAAGAAGCCAUGAAUGCUAGCUUGCAGCAGCACAAGUUCCAGUACAUCUUCGAAGGUUUGGGUCAUUUGAUUUCCUGCAUCCUCAUCAACGGGGCUCAGUACUUCAAGCGCAUCAGCGAGUCCGGCAUUAAGAAGAUGUGCCGGAACAUCUUCAUCCUUCAACAGAACCUGACCAACAUCACCAUGUCCCGAGAGGCUGAUCUGGACUUUGCAAGGCAGUAUUACGAGAUGCUCUACAACACGGCGGACGAGCUGCUGAACCUGGUGGUGGACCAAGGCGUGAAGUACACGGAGCUGGAGUACAUCCACGCCCUGAGCUUACUCCACCGCAGCCAGACCGGCGUGGGAGACCAGACCACGCAAAACAUGAGGUUGCAACGCCUCAAGGAGAUCAUCUGCGAGCAGGCCGCCAUCAAGCAAGCCACCAAGGACAAGAAAAUCACCACCGUGUAGUUUUAGUCUUGCUUAGCAGCAGCCCUAUUCCUUUUCCCCCACAACCUGUAGAAGCAACGAAGGGAAAAAGUCUCUAUAUGGGGGUAACCUUUUGGCCUUUUCCGCUUAGCUUCUUCUCGGGGGGGGGGGGGUUUGGGGGACGGCGAGCUGGAGAUCUUCCCCGUGGCUUGCUGGGAUCUUAAAUCCAUGGCACGUCAAUGGGGAUUGGUUGCAGUUUAUAGGGAGUUGAUCCUCUUGAACUAUAAGGGGCAGA